AGUGGCAGCAGCAUUAGGCGAGUGUGGCCGUGAGUGUGAGCCCCGGCCUUGCCCUGGUGGGCCAGCGUUCCUCUACAUUAACCAGGAUGGGGAUGUAAGGUGUGCGGUGAGGUGCAUCAGGAUGGAGCAGCUGCUUCUGAGUGAUGCCUUGGAGUGUUCUGUGUGUCUGGAGCAGCUGGGCUCCAACUCACGUGUCCUGCCCUGCCAACACACCUUCUGCAGGCGCUGUCUGGAUGAUAUUGUUGAAACCCAUACGGAACUGAGGUGUCCAGAAUGCCGGGUGUUGGUGGAGGUGCCGGUGGACGAGCUGCCGCCCAACAUCCUGCUGAUGAGGAUCCUGGAGAGCAUGAAGAGUGCGCCUCGGCCCGCUCUGUGCCAGCCCAUCAAGCCCUGCCAGACUGUGCCUCACCCUAGCCAGCCCCCCGGCAGACCAGACCCCAUCGAUGGUCCCCCACAAACCCAAGCACCCCUUCCCCCCUCAGUCCAGACUUUCCCAACUUCUGUUUCAUACUCUGGCUCUGACUCCACUUAUAACUUCACUGGGGGAGGGGGUGGGGGAGGGGGUCAUGGCGGGCCUUUCCGGGGUAACACGCUCAGCGGAACCGCCCUGGACGGAUACAGUGGAUCCAUUGGGCGAGAGGGAAGCAUCGGACACGUGGGCUUCAAUGCCACUGUCUCUGGUGUCUCUUCUCUUGGCAACCUGAGCAUCAACCUCACCCCCACCACCCAAACCACCCAGCCCUCAGCCCUGCCUCUCAUGACACACCAGAGACAGACAACACUCCAGCCAUGUGCGAAAGCCCUUUAUAACUAUGAGAGAAAGGAAGCAAGAGAUCUAAGCUUCAAAAAGGGAGAUGUGAUAAUCCUGAGGAAAAAGAUAGACUCAAAUUGGUAUCAGGGUGAACUUAACAACCAGCUGGGGUUCUUUCCUGCCUCAUAUGUUCAGAUCAUCACUCCACUGCCAAGUCAUAUUCCACAGUGUAAAGCUCUCUAUGACUUUAAGAUGACAAAUGAUGAAGAGAGAGACUGCCUAACAUUUAAUAAGGGUGAGAUAAUCACAGUUCUGCGGCGGGUGGAUGAGAACUGGGCCGAGGGGAAGUUGGGCUCACGUAUAGGCAUAUUCCCUCUCUCCUUUGUGGACUUGAACAGUGCUGCCAAAGCCCUCAUGAAGCUCUCUCUUAACGCACAGCAGGGCCCCUCGCGUGUUGCUCCUCCAACUCCUACUAGGUUAGAGGGGGAGCCCGUCACACCCUUAAUUCUCAACGAGGGUACUGGCAGCUACCCACCCUCAACACAGCCACAACAACAUGUCCCUCUUCAGAUAGAGUCAUCAUCCUCAUCAUCAUCAGUGGUGACCAGCCCUGACCCUUCCCUGCCCUCACCCACCACCUCAGCUUCCCCACCUAACAUUGGCCCUUCCCCCUCCUCCCCUCUAGUACAAUCUUCAGCUGUAGCCCCUCUCCUGCGGGGGCCAAGCAAGAGGCACCAGCGGGAGAAGAGGCACAGCUUUACUGCUGUGCGCACCACCCAGAACCCCAGCCCCCCGCGAUCUCCUGCCUCCCCUCAAAGGCACUCGGUCGAAAUCAUAAGUCCCACUGAAGAAAAUUCCAGCCCAGGCAGCACCGUGAGCCACGCCAACGGUGACGGCAAUGGCCUGGUACCACAGGGCCCCAGCAGUCUGGAGGAGACGGCGGCAGAAAUCACCACCCCACCAGAAUCCAUUGGCUCCCCUCGCCUUCGGUCUUCUGUACAGUCUUCUUCCUCUACUACACCUGUAUCUUCCUCCACUCCCCAAGUUAAUGCAACAACCUUUUAUGUGGCGCUUUACUCUUACCGGGGACGCAAGGCUGAUGAGUUGGAGCUGAAGAAGAGCCACAUCUACACUGUGACAGAGAAGUGUCAAGACGGCUGGUUUAAGGGCCGCUGCAUCACUACCGACCGCACUGGUGUCUUCCCAGGAAACUAUGUUCAAGUUGCCAAACCUCAGAUGAUUUCUGCGUACCUGGCCAAGCGCAAUGCUCGAAGUUCCUCUGCCAACCACAGUGAGGGUGGUGGGGGUGGAGGUUCCCAGAGCAACUCAUCGGGUGGAGGCGGAGGCUCAGCGCCCCAGACGGGUGUGGUGAGCUACACCCGGCCAAGACCCAGCCUGGGUGGUGGGCCAGAUGGAAGGAGCUCCGAUGGGUCUCGCGGUGAGAAUACAAGUCUCCUGGACACACCGGUCCACUCUAUGGUUCCCACUCUCUCUCCAACUCACUCAUCACCGCAUGCAGGGUCUCUCUCCCCAGGGGCGGCUGGGGGGCUGAUGGGGGGCAACUCUCCAUCCCUGCCACCUGAGCUGCCGCCAAGGUCCGUUAGUUCUGGCACCGAGACAUCUUCAUCCCACCGCACAACUGGCCUCACCUCCUCUUCCUGGCACGCCUCAUCGCAGACACCACCACAGAGCUUUGGAGUCAGUCAGAGGUCUGUUAGUGGAAUUAGCAAUGCAGUGUCACCACCUCCAAACAUUGCUCUUGGUGAUAACUCCUCAGUUGCCACCAGCAGCACAACCUCAGUUAAAGUGGACAGGAAAAGCACAAAGGAGAGGGGUGGAAGCAGUGGCAGUGGCAUGAGUCUGAUGCGUAAGUUGGCAAACAGUGGCAAAAAGAAGAGCAAGUCUCCUCCUCCCUCAUACUCCAUGGACAACCCAGUUUUUGAGGACUCCACUGUCUCAUCAAAUGUUCUCCAACAUGUCCACACAAGGUCUGGGUCUUGUCCAGGCACCCUGGUAGGGGGGGGUGCUGGAGGUGUCUUGGUGACAGGCUUAGGCUUUGGUCCAAACUCUCGCCUUCGUGCUGCUGGGGGUUCCUGCCGUGUUAGGUCCCGAGACAGGCCUAAUGUCCUCCUGUCCAACUUGGUAUUGCGGGGAAGGAGUGGAAGUAAUCCAGAUACAAGUGGUGUUGGCGUGUCCUCCUCCCCCCUGUCCUCAUCGCCACCACCCAGCACGCAGAGCAACAUGGACUCAGCCACAGACACACCGAGACGCAAGAAGCAGCCGGUGCCCCUUGUCAGGGAAAGGUGAGUCAGGGGGGAUACGUGUUUUGAAAAGGAUGUCAAUGUUGAUAAACAUGUUAAGCGCGUUUUGAGCCACUGGUGUACCGAGCAGAUGUUUCCCUCUUUGCGUAUUGGUACAUCCGUGGCCUGAAUGGCCCUUUCUAUAAACUUUUGAAAACAUUAGUAUAUAACCAAUUUGUGUGUAUAUUUGUAUUCAUUAAGGCUACAGAUGAGAUGCAAUGAUAUCAGGUAAUAAAAUAAUACUUAUGAUUAUGUAAAUUAUGUAUUUGUAAUUAGCCAAAAUAUAAAUUUUCUGUGUUCAAUUUUCAAAUACAAAUUUAGUUUUCAUAUAACACAGUAAUUCUAUAUGCAUUAUAAUCAGUAUCAGCAUAAAGCAGUUAUAGAAUAUAACUCAUUCAAAUGCAUUCUUUGUAUGUAAAUCCAAAAAAGAAAACUGAAACCCCAGUACCUCGUGGCAGCCCACUGGUCGAUUGAGAUUGUAGAUAGAAUAUUUCAUUUUCUCGUGUUCUUUUUGCAGUUUUUCUUCCUCCUCCACCACAUCCUCCUCUCCAUCACUAUUAUGUGGGGAAGCUGAUUGUAUUCCAUAAAAGGCUUAAUUUCUGUUGGGGGUAAAAAAAAAAUGUACAGUACCCUCUCGAGUUUUGCGCAAUCCGAGUUUCGCGGUUAGUCCUAAAUUCUUACCACCCCGAGUUUUGCGCUGCUUUGACACGUACGGGUCACGUCUACUUACCAUCGGCGUCACGCACGCUACCUUUAACCCUUUCAUUGCUAAACGCUCGCAGUGAGCGUUAGGCGUAUUUGCUAGUGGUGCUAAACACUCGCUGUGAGCUCCAGCCACACUCAAAUCCCCUGCGUAUGAGAGUGUUCCAACACUAAUUCUCACAACACAGGAUUGCCAAUUGAGUGGGUUCUUCACUAAAUUUGGUGGAAAAUCAUAUCAGCCCAGCGCGGCAAAUCUACGGACGA